CGCACACGGUGGCGGGCGUUGCGCGGAGAAACGAGCAAGAUGGAGGAGGCGGAAGAUAACUUGGCAUCUGUUGAUCAUAUUCUGCUGGUUCUAUCUGGCAAAGGAGGAGUAGGAAAAAGCACCAUAACAACAGAGUUAGCACUGGCACUGAGGAAUGCAGGGAAAAAGGUUGGAAUUCUGGACAUUGAUCUAUGUGGUCCCAGCAUCCCUCGGAUGCUGAAUGUUCUCAAUAGUGCUGUGCACCAAUGUGACGCUGGUUGGGUACCAGUUUAUGUAGACAACAAUAAAACAAUAUGCUUGAUGUCAAUAGGCUUUCUUUUGGAGAGUCCAGAUGACGCAGUGAUAUGGAGAGGGCCAAAGAAAACAGCUCUUAUCAAGCAAUUUCUUUCUGAUGUGGCAUGGGGAGAGCUUGACUAUCUCAUUGUAGACACUCCUCCUGGAACCUCUGAUGAACAUAUCUCGGUGGUGGAGGCCCUUCGCCAGCAUAAACCUGAUGGAGCUCUGUUGGUCACAACACCUCAGGCAGUAUCAAUUGGAGAUGUAAGAAGAGAACUGACGUUCUGCAAGAAAACUGGGUUACCUGUCAUGGGAAUAAUUGAAAACAUGAGUGGCUUUGUCUGCCCAAACUGUUCAGAAUGCACUAAUGUAUUUUCCAGAGGAGGUGGAGAAGCACUUGCUGAACAGUCUGGGGUUCCAUUUCUAGGAUGUGUUCCUCUAGAUCCUCAACUGGCGCAUAGUCUGGAAGAAGGUAGAGAUUUCAUCCAAGCCUUUCCAAAGAGUGCAACCUUCGAUGCCAUUAAUAAAAUAGUGGAGAAGAUUUUAAACAAUGUUAGUGAAUUCUCUGGACAUAACACAUGACCAUAGAAACAGUAAUAGGUUAUUUAGGCUCUUGAGUCUGUUACCCCAUUAAGUGUAAUCAUGGCUGACCUGUGAGCUAACUCCUUUGUCUAAUAGCUCUUGAUAACUAUAAUGUACCAAAAUCUAUCAAUCCUGUAUUUAAAAUUCAUAAUUGACCAGGCAGCAGUUGGCAUUUAUGAAGGAGGGCUAUGCACUUCUGUAAUACUUUGAGUGGAAAAGUGUAUCCUAACACUCAAUUGGGCUGCCUCUAAUUUUUAGAUGAUGUCCCAACUCUUAAGUUACUGGAAAUAGUUUUUCUGUCCCCAGUGUCAAUUACUCUCUAAUACCUUGAAAACCUUGAUCAAAUUUUCUCAUAAUCCUUAAUUUCCUGGGAAUACAAUCCUACUUCAGUUAAAAGAAAUUAAGAGCAGAAGAUUGUUCUUCAUAUAUUUGUAUUGGACAGCAGGAAUGGGGGAUUGGGGAACAGAAGCAUUUGGAUUCCCACUCCUGGAAUGUAGUAACAUGAUAAUCAAUAUUUAUUCCAGAAAUGGAAAUAUGUUUUAUAAAUAUGGAACAAUAAUACCUUUGUUUUGCAUACUGAAAUGUGUAAUGACAAAUAAAUGCUUUGUACCCAGUUAAUUUUGUGAAUAUGUUUGAAGAUCUGUAACUUGAUGCACUUUGUAGUAAAGAAUAUCUGCAAUGGC